AUGUCUUCUUCUUGCUCGCCCUUGCGCGGGGAAGUGCUGCAAAAGUUUUGUGCCUUUCUUUUGAAGUUGCAAGCAGCAACGGGUGCAGUCAGUGGCCGCUGCGUCCUGCCAGCUCCUUAUGAUACGACGCCAACUGCAGCAGCCGCAGCGGCAGCAGCAGCAGGAGCAACAGGUGCAGCAGGAGCAGAAGCAGCAGCAGCAGCAGCAGCAGCAGUAGCAGUUACUAGUGCUGAGAGAAGCAGAGUAUACGAAGAGGCUCUUCUUUUAUGGGGGGCACAAAUCAAAGCAACUCUUCAGCAAACUUCAACGCAGGCAAUUGCAGCAGGCAAGAAGGCAAAAGGCGUUUCUUUCCUUCCUCUUGCCUGCUUCUUUGUUUCUUCCUGUGUUCCUUCCUUUCUUCAUUUGUCUUAUGUUUGGGGAAAUGCCGAUGCAAACGAAGAGAUUGACUUUUGGGUGGAGAGAGCAGCAGCUCUGGCAUUCGUCACUCAGCAGUUGCAGCAGCAGCACGUCCAGCAUGUUUUAGCUUUCCUGCAGCAGCAAAACAGCAGCUACUUUCCUGCUUUUGUCAAACUUAUUAGCGAGCUCGAUGCUGCUAAAGCAGAGGCACAAGAAAACGCAAAGUACCUGUCGGUGCUGCAACCAUGGGUAAAGAAACUGGCGGACGAUACAGCUGAGCUGUCUGUAGCAGCAGAAGCUCUGCCUCCUCUAUUCGAAUUGCUGCUGCUGACUUGGCUGCAUAGCAAGGCCUUCAUUAAACCUGCAAGACUCAUCAUGCUGAUGCGAGGCAUCUGCAAUGCAGUGAUAAAGCAGUGCAUGCGCUUUGUGUCAGGUACAGAGGUGUUUAAGCUGCUGCAGCAGGAAGAGGCAAAAGAAGCGGCAGAUAAACUCACUGUCGCCCUAGAAGUGUGCGACUCGGUGAAGAGCCUAUAUGAGAACUACGCAGAACAGGCAGCAGCUGCAGGGAGGCCGUUUAACUUGAAGACAGAAGUUGUUUUUCUGCGUCUGGACACCUAUAGAGGAAGAAAUGCAGCUCUCACCUCCGUCGCCAACACAGCCCAACAAUUUGCGAAACUCGAAAAAAUCGAAAUCUGUGGAUCCAAAGGCAGUCAGCUGUCUGCAAAUGUGCAGCGCUUGCAUGCUGAGUUCAAAUCAUUGAUGGAAGAAUUUCAGCAGAUUAAUUUCGAUCCUCUUUCUGUCGAAGCAAAAGACGCAGACACACACUUUCAACUCUUCCGCACUCGGGUGAAGGAUUUGGAGCAGCGUUUGGCUGCUGUUUUUUCGAUGAGCUUUGUCGAUAGUUCUUCUUUAUUAUCGCGCUUACGUUUAUUUGAAAGUUUUGCCCCUUUAUUGGGACGGCCAGGGCUACAAGAGGCAGCAGCGUGGCACCACCCGCAGCUGCUGCAACAGCUUAAAGAAGAAGUGCAAACUGUACAUGCAAUCUUCUUGAGCGGCUGUGAAGACGACAGCAGCAGCAGCACAAGCACCAGCAGCAGCAACAACAGCUGCUGCUGCAGCAGCAGCAGCACCUUCAUCUACAUCAACAGACCGCCUAUUGCCAAGGCCCUCAGCUGGGCUGCAGCUCUCCUUAAUCGCAUUAAAGAGCCUCUCGAGCGCAUGCAGAAACUUGGGAUUAUCAUUAAUGCAUCUAAUUCUGAGCUCGAGCCAGUCGUCAAACAAUGCAAUGGGGUGGUCGCAGCCAUAGAACAAUUCCAAGAAAAAAUCCGUAGCGAGUGGAGCGAACGCGAGGUGGAGCCUUCAACGUCUAAGUUGGGGCUGGUGCUGCUGCGGCGUUCUGAGGACUUGCUGCUGCAUGCAAACUUCCACCCACAACUAAAACAGCUGCUUAAAGAAGUGAGGUACAUGCAGCUUCAGGGACUGCCUGUGCCACCAGCAGCCAAAGCAGUCCACGCAAAGGCUGAGGUGUACAGACAGCAGGUCACAGACCUGCAGACUGUCUGCCUCAAAUACAACAGAGUGUUGACGGGUCUGCUACCUAACCAGCGGCCUCUGCUUGCGGAUCGCUUGGCGGAGAUCGACAAAAUUUUGGAGCCUGGGCUGACGACUUUAAGUUGGGAGUCUGAAGGAGUGGAGGAGUUUAUUGCUGCUGCUGCUGCUGCCGUUGCUGAUGCAUUUACUGUCUGCGACGCAAUCACAAACAACCUUCAGAUGUCAUUCAACCUGCUGAACAGCUGGAGCGAGAAGCCGCUGUUCGAACGGAAGCCAAAACCAAUGGCAGUAGAAGACGCAGACCAACUCGUUAGAGCUGCCAUUGCAAACAGAAUCCACAACAUUUCCGAAGAAGGAAAAGAUCUCCACAAAAAGCUGAAAGACUCUGCAGACGCGCUUAAAGCCACUAAAGUCGGCUCGCUCGAGCAGCUGGUCAAGGCUUUAGAAGCCACUAUGAGCCCCCGGCCUGAAGCGCCUCCCCUGUUCGAGGUGAAGUUGGAGCUUUUAGAUAAUGCCAUUGAUCUCGUGCCGCCUUUCAGAGAUGAACACGGAGUUGUUGAGGGUUGGGUCGGAGAUAUCCUCAAAAGCGCCGCAACGACAACUCGACUGGACUCUGGAAAAGGGGACUAUGUUGCGGACGUCAAGGAGUCUUUCAGCUUCAUGGCAGGACGCGCUCGUCUGACGGAGUUGCUGGAAGAGACUGAAUCGCGAGUAAACAAGUACUUGGCGGAGACGCGCCGCUUUGAAUUCCUGUGGAAAAGAGACCCUGCCACGGAUCUCGAAAGCUUUAUUGCAGAAUCCCCUCCAGAAGUCUUCCCUUCAACUGCCGAAGAAGGCGACUCCCUGGAAAAUGUUUUGGAGCUGGUCGGCGUCGACAUUGGCAGAAGGAUUCCUGAGCUGGUAUGCUUCGACGAGAAGAUAUCUUUUUUUGAGGGUUUACGAUCUGAAAUAGCGGAGUUAAAAACUCCAGUGGAUGUAUGUUGGCUGCGCAUCAACGCGCAGCCUGCAAAAAUACAACUGAGUCAUUUGGCCGCCUCUUGGGCAUCCCACUAUACCGACUUCCUGUUGAAUUGCUGCCUAGCCCGCGCAGACGCUCUAACGCAGUUUGUAAAUCGUAUGGACGCCUGCCUUUCUGUGAAGCCCCCCACAGCAGAGGAUGAAGAAGAAGCAGAAGCGACAGAAGAAGGAGAACGCGCAGCAACAGCUUCUGCUGCUGCUUCACAUGGCAGCAGCAGCGCCAGUGGAGAUAAAACCGGACCGGAACAGCAGCAACCAGAAACAGAAAAAGAGGACGAAAAGGACAAAAUCGAUAAAGACACGCUCUACAAAUUCAUGACUUACAUUCGAGACGUUAAAAUUGCUAACGAUCCUAUUAAGCGGCUCCUUGGACCUGUGCAUGAACAGGUUGCUUUAUUGAAGAAACAUGGGUGUUUGGUUCCUGAAUCUCGUUUGCAAGCAUUAGACGCGGCUCCCUCGAAGUGGGAAGAGGUGAUAAGAAAGGCAUUUGAAGCCAAGGAGGCAAUUCUGCCUCUUCAGAACGCUGAAGUGCAAAACAUCAAGGCAGCUUUAGACAGCUUCAGCAGCGAGGUGAAGGAAUUCAGAGAAGCGUUUUUGCAAAUACCCCCCUUCGAUGCAAGGACAGAACCGGAAAACGCCUACAAAGCAAUCGACGAUUUCUACUUCAAGUGCCUUAGCCUCGAACAACAUGCUAGAGAACUUAACAACCUUGAAACCCUCUUUGAUAUCGCCAAGUCGCAGCACAAAGAACUCAAGGAUUCUAAAGAAGAACUCAAGACACUCAAGGCAAGCAAACUGUACACAAGCUUGCAAACUCACGCAAAUCACCACAGCACCAACCAGACUCAUCCUACUAUUCUUGUUUGUUUCUUUAUUUGUUUGAUUUUUGUAUCGGCUUCAUUCUUUUCUCCGUCUAUGCAGGAGGCGUGGGAUCUCAAUGUAUACGUCAGCAGUUGGUUCGAGGCCUGGAAGGCCACGCUGUGGGAGACAAUCGACACGGACUUGCUUCUGCAGCACGUCAAGUCGAUGCAGCAGCACAUUAGAAGCCUCUCGAAAGAGAUCAAGAGCACAAAAGUAUACGUGGCUGUUCUUGAGAGAGUCAACAAUAUGCAAGUCGUGUUGCCUCUUGUCGCUGAACUCCACUCCGAGUUUAUGAGGGACAGACACUGGAAGCAACUCAUGAGUAUUGCAGGGCAAACAUUCACAAUAGGCCCUGGUUUCUGUCUCGAAGACCUGUUGAGGUUGAAUCUGCAUGAGCGCGCAGCGGACGUUUCUGAAAUAGUUGUCUGUGCUCAGAAGGAAGCUCGCAUCGACAAAAAGUUGAGAGAAAUAACAAAAACAUGGGCAGACAAGACGGUCGAAUUCUCGUUAGAACGCGAAGAAACGCCUCUGCUGCAGCCUCUGGACGAUAUCGUUGAAAUUCUUGAACAGCAUUCUGUUGAUCUCAUGACAAUGACGAGCCAAGGAGCUGUCAUCGACUUCUGCAGAAAUGCGGUCGAAGAAUGGCAAGCGAAGCUUAGAACUGUUGACACUGUCCUCACAGUGUGGAUGGAAGUACAACGCAAGUGGGAGCGCUUGCAACCCAUCUUCAUGCACUCUGAAGACAUUCGCUCUCAGCUGCCUCAGGAGUCGAAGCGAUUUGAAUGUGCAGACGGCGAGUGGCGAGAUAUGAUGUAUGCAGCCCAAGCCCACCCCAAUGUGGUGGAGGCCUGCCAAGCUGAAGGCAGAGAAGAACUCCUCAACAAACUCAGAGACAACAUCGAGUCCUGCGAAAAGGCACUUGGAGGCAUGCUCAACCCACUAACUUUAAACCCUGAAAACACUUAA